AUGAGCUAUUACAUAACAGCAAUCUCCAAUUCGGGCGGUGCUCCCGAACAGGCUUACCGCAAGAUGCAGUCGGCGGGUGCGUGUCCCGAACGAGCCUUUGCUGGUACGUGUGGAAUAAGAUACGAAAGAUCCAUUCCUUCGUGGUGGAGUGUACGAAACAUCAUGACACAAAUGUUCAAGUUUGAAGUGCCUUCGCUUACGGUCGGAACUUUGGAUACGCUCAUGAACUUGAGCGAUGAGCUAGGAAAGACGGACAAUAUCAUCGAGGGAAUUGUACGCAAAAUUGAGAAGACGUCGGGAGAUCUUGCCGAUCGUCGCACGGUAGAUCUGAGCGUAGGGGGUGUUCCUCCAGCCCGUUACAUCCAGCAGUUCGCCUGGGAUUCGGCCAAGUAUCCCAAUCGGCGACCAUUGAAAGAAUUGGUGUCGGUGAUUUCGGGCGGUGCGGUGGCAAUUGAUGAAGAGCUGAAGCAGCUCACGCAGUCGUACGGAGACAAGACGGUUGCGUUGCAGGAAAUGAAGCGUCGUAAGGGCGGGAAUCUUCUGUCCGCCGAGUUGAAUGACGUCUUGACGGAGGAUAUAAUGCGCAAGAUCAACGUGGUCGAUACGGAUUACCUCAAAUCGAUAUUUAUCGCCGUAGCGAAGUCCGCGCAGGAAGUGUUCGAAGGGAGCAUUUACAGUCUUGCUGAUAAUGUCGUUGGAUACGGCGGACCGGAUUGGUCCAGCGACCCAACCAAGCUCGGCGAACCAGUAUCUUAUGGGUCGAACGUUGAUCGCCACAAGAUUCGCGGAUCGCCGGUGGUUCCUGGAUCUCUACAGAGAGUGCAUUCCGAUGACGACAGUAUACUUUACGUGGUGACAAUCUUAAAGAGCCAGUACGAAGCAGGUUACUACGAAAACGAUGAGUUUCAGCCCGGCACCCAGGUCGACUUUGAAGAAGAGUUUGCCAAGUCGUGCCGCGAGAAGCGUUUUAUCGUUCGCGAUUUCAGCUGGGAUCCGUCGCAAUCAUCCAAGGCUUCCAUGGCACUGGAACAGCUUCGUGUUGAAGUGGAUGGAAUGAAAAGCGCCCUCAUGCGAUGGUGCAAGAAUCACUACGGCGACGCUUUCGUCGCCUGGAUGCACAUCAAGGUCAUUCGAGUCUUUGUGGAAUCUGUCCUACGCUACGGCCUUCCCGUGGAUUUUACGGCCGUGUUGUACAAGGUACACCAGGGUAAAGAAAACGACUUGGUUGGGGCCCUGGAUAAGGAACUUGGAAGCACCGGCGAUAUCAAGGAAAUGGAUGACGAUGGCGACGAAGAUUACCAUGAUUUUGUUCUGUUGAAGUUUGACCCGUAAUUAAGUUUGUGUAAAAGGCACACAGUAUUCUCAGGUG